UGCAGCAGUUAUGACCAAUAAUCGUUUGCAUCAACAUCUGAGGGCACAGACAUAUGAAACGACACCAGAGAUUCCCAGUUAUGUUUGCUAUGAAGAGUUGGAGUGUUUUGUUCGUAACGGACCCAUGAAACACAUCGGCACAUUGCCGGCCACACCAGAAAAAAUCCAGACCAGAUUUUUUGCUUUUAUGCGGGCGUCGCCUAAAAUUGGUGUCGAAAUCAAUCCCAAACUACAAUAUCAGAUGUUAUAUGUGGCACAGGAACCGUCACUGGUGGUACUGAUCCAUGGGUUUGCCAACGAUGCAAACAAAACUGAAAUUGUGACCCUAAAGGAUUCUCUGUUAGAGUACUCAUUCACACCGGUAGUAAUAAUUGUGGACUGGGGUCGCGGCGCACAGGCACCCUGGUACGCCGAUGCAGCCAUCAAUACACAAUUGAUUGGCCGACAAAUCGCACACUUUGUUAAUGUGUUGACUAUGAUUGGCCGCACCAAUCCUUUUAGUGUACAUUUAAUUGGCUUCAGUUUGGGAGCACAUGUGGCCGGGUUUGCGGGAAAAUACUCACAAAAUAAGUUCAACUGGAAGUUCGGCCGCAUUACAGCACUGGACGCGGCCGGACCACUAUUCGAAGGUUUUCCUGGCGCUCAUCUGACCAAAGCGGACGCCUAUUUUGUGGACGCCAUACAUACGAGCGCCGGUAGCAAUAUACUCAAAGGAAAGGUCGGUUAUAUCGGGCCGUUUGCACACAUGGAUUUUUACCCGAAUAAUGGCACUCAACAGCCCCGGUGCCAAAAACAGCCCGUUUCGAUCACAUGCGACCAUAAUAUGGCACUCUAUUAUAUGGAGUCAUCGCUUAGGGGUCAGAUUAAUUGUUCAAUGUAUGCAUUCAAGUGCAAUUCAUGGCACGAAUUCAUAUCGGGCACCUGUAGCGACUCUAUAGGUGUGGCCAUUAUGGGCUAUCUAAGCGUAUUGUCUAGAAAAUAA